UCACCAUUGAUGGAAUCUCUGUUUGUAUCUUAUUGACACUUGUUCUUGUUUUUAUUAGUAUUAAAGGCAUGUUUCAUGUUAUGUGAAAAUAAUAAGCAUGAACUCACAUUUAAAUUGCCUUAAAUUUAAAUAGUUAUAUGUACGGCUGAAAUUGUUAUGGUUUUUUUACCACAUAAUACUCUCGCUUCAACAAGUUCAUAAAAGCACUCUAUUCAGUAACAAAGGUCAAUUAACCGUCAAUAACCGCCCGAGAAAUUUAAACUGAUGAAACUGUUGUUACUGCAUGCAACUAUAUAUAAAACCCUCAAAUGCAACAUUCCAAAUUUAUCUUCAUUCAUCAUCAUUGUCCUCUCCCCACCACAUCUCUUUCAAACCCAACAAUGGACCCAACUGAACAACAAGUAGGCAUCAAAGUCUACAAUGCAACUCCACCACCCCAGGUGGCCUCCGACCUUCCACCGCCGGGCGACACGGCGGAUCCUGGCCGGAAGCCGCGGCGUGCCAUGAUGGCGAAGGGCGUCCAGAAGACCCUCUCCAAGACCUCAUUGCUGGGAAACUUCCUCCCCACAGGGACACUCCUAACGUUCGAAAUGGUCCUUCCCUCCAUCUACAAGAAUGGCGAGUGCACUCACGUCAACACCGUGAUGAUCCACCUCCUCCUUUCCCUCUGCGCCCUCUCCUGCUUCUUCUUCCACUUCACCGACAGUUUCCACGGCCCUGAUGGCAACGUGUACUAUGGUUUCGUCACGCCGAAAGGGCUGUCCGUCUUCAAACCGGGGCUCCUUGUGGCGGUGCCGCAGGACGACAAGUAUAAGGUUGGGUUCCAGGACUUUGUUCAUGCUGUCAUGUCAGUGAUGGUGUUCGUGGCCAUUGCUUUCUCCGAUCAUAGAGUCACGAAUUGCUUGUUCCCAGGGCAUGAGAGGGACAUGGCUCAAGUCAUGGAGAGUUUCCCUUUGAUGGUGGGAAUUGUUUGCAGCGGUUUGUUUCUUGUGUUUCCUACUUUCAGACGUGGGAUUGGCUGCAUGUCUUCUUAAUAUGUGUAUGUUUCUGUUGUUUAUGCUGUUGGUGGUGUUUCUUUUGUUUGAUAGUUUACCUUGUUCAUUCAUGUUUGUAUGAAAUUAAUAAUGUAAUGGAGAAGGACAAGGACAAAUAACUAUGUUGUCCCAAUACGUUAUUA